UAAUAAUUAUAACGACUGGUGCUAUCUGUCUGCUGUAGUGAUCAUUUUAUCCUGAGAGAUGGGCAAGAGAGGCGCAAGGUUGCCAAAUUUCUGUCUAAACAGAAUUAGGCCCCUGGUUAGAGUCCGGUCGCCGCCAAUACAACCCAAGCCUACUGCUAAAACCGAUGGAAAAUUUGAGAAUGCUGGCAUUGUUAAUGGAGAAGAGAAGCGUAGUAGCGAUGAAGUGAAACCCGGGUUGGUGAAUGGUAGGAAAAUCAUGAUCGUGGUUGAUUCGAGCAGUGAAGCUAAGGGAGCUAUACAAUGGUCAUUAACUCACUCAGUUCAGAGUCAGGAUAAAGUUAUUCUUCUUUACGUCAUCAAGCCUUCUAAACAAGUUUCAACUGCAGGUGAAGAAUCAUGCAAGAAGAAGGAGAGAUCAGCUCCAAGGGCCUAUGAACUUGUCCAUAACUUAAAAAAUAUGUGUCAGCAGAAAAGACCUGAUAUACAGCUUGAAGUUGCUGUGGUGGAGGGGAAAGAAAAAGGUCCGGCAAUUGUAGAAGCAGCAAAAAAGCAAGGGGUGGCGCUGCUGGUUCUUGGGCAGAAGAAACGCUCCACCACAUGGCGUCUGAUUAUGAUGUGGGCAGGUAAUCGAGUCCCUGUUGGCGUUGUUGAAUAUUGCAUCCAAAAUGCAGCCUGCAUGGCUGUUGCUGUGAGGAGAAAAAGCAAAAAACAAGGAGGUUAUUUGAUCACUACUAAACGUCACAAAGAUUUCUGGCUCUUGGCUUAAAGUUAAAAUUUAUUUAUUAAUUAAUAAUUUAUUGUGAUCAUGUCUAAUUAAUCUUAGUGCAGAGAAUCAUUUUGCGAAUGUGCUUUUGUACUGUUUGUUAAUUAAUGAAACAUUAAGUGAAGAAUGGAAAGUGAUUGGAGAGUGUGAUUGAAAAAAGUGGAGUGCAUGUUUCCUUUUUU